CUCCUCUUUCUUGAGGAGAGAUAAGACCGAAGGAAGGGUUUCUUUCUCUUUUGUCUCUCUUCUCCUCCCCCGUGCCCAUAACCAGACCUCCAUUAUAGUCAUCUUCUCAUCAAGAAGAAGGAAGGUAAGCUAAGCCUGAGGUCUUCCAGCCAGAGAGACAGGGAAUGGACUCAGCAGCUGCGAUAACCACGGAACCGGCAGUAGCUGUGAACGCAGGCAAGGAGUCAAUGGUUGAUCCCUUCCUGGUUGAGGCUCUUCAGAACCCUCGUCAUCGCCUUACCAUUCUUCGGAUGGAACUUGAUAUCCAGAGGUUUUUGCAAAAUCCCGAGCAGCAGCAGUUUGAGUUUCAACAUUUUUCUACUUCCUAUCUUCGACUGGCAGCACAUCGUGUUGCUCAACACUAUGGGCUGAUAACAAUGGUUCAGGAUGUUGGCUUAGAUGGUCAGGGAAAUAGAAUUGUGGUCAAGAGAUCAGGCGAGAUCAGAUACCCUGCUGUCCGUCUGUCUGAGAUUCCAGCCAAACAUUCAGAAAUCGAUAAACCUGAUCAGGUUAAAAUUGUCAUCAGGCCUAGGCCGAAUAAGGGGUCAAUGAAUGAAGCUAAUGAAAUUGGGAUAAAACGAUGUUCAGUGAGAAGUGUUGAAGAGAGGAAGGAGGACUAUGAUAGGGCUCGAGCCCGCAUCUUUAGCAGCCCUAGCAGUCCCAAUGCCGAUGAUUUUCCAUCUAAGGACCCUGCUGAUGGGAAAAAUGAAUGUAUGAGCAGGGAUGAGAAUGAAGGUUCUAGGAGCUCUCCAGCUGAUUCAGAUAAAAAUGUUGGUUUUAGGAAUGCUUCUGCGUCUCGAGUUGCCAUUUUCAGGGACAGGGAGAAGGAUCGCACUGACCCAGAUUAUGACCGAAGUUAUGAAAGGUAUGUCAGAAGCCUUCCAGCCAAUCAGGGCUAUGGCAUGGCACCUUUCAACAUGCAAAAGAUUCAGUUUCCAUUCCCACAAUACGACCCUGCUUUUCCUCAGAUGCCAAGGACUCAAGCUUCUCUUAGCUAUGUCCCUCCAGGAACCCCAGUUGCAAACCCCUUUUCUACCAUUGGCGUGAAUCACACAUCCAGAGACGGUGCUUAUAUCCAAUGGCCAAAUGCUACAAUGAUGUAUGCCCAAUCAUAUGAGCAGUUUAGACAUGUUGCCAUUCAGGCUCCUUUCUGUCACCAACCUCUAAGCUUUGGGUACUCACCGAACCAUUAAAUGAUAAAUGAGCUGAAUACUAUGUACUGUUUAGGAUUACGUUGUUGGUAGCCCUAUAUUGUUGGACAUCCUCUUUGUUCUUUUGGUUUAGAGUCAUUUACUCUAUCUCUAUCUAGUUUGUGUUUAUUUUUUUCCUUUGGAUCUUAAACGGUAGCAAGAGGAGUGACAAUCCAGUGA